GGCUCAUGGUCCCCGAAGCGGCGGGCCGGGUGGAGGCUCCUGCGGCCGCUGGGCCCACGGGGAUGCCCCGCGGGUGAGGCAGCCCCCAGCUUCCAGCCGCGUUCAUGGCGGUGGCCAGGAAGAUCAAAACUUUGCUGACGGUCAACAUCCUGGUGUUCGUGGGCAUCACCCUCUUCUCCGUGUACUGCCGCCUGCAGGACCGCUCCGAGGGGCUGGUGCAGACCGUGCGCAGCGCCGACCGCCGGGUGCGGAGCCGGUACGCCAAGGUGGGCGCACUGGUGGACCGCGAAGCCAUCCUGCAGCGCCUGGACCACCUGGAGGAGGUGGUCUACAAUCAGCUGAAUGGCCUCGCCAAGCCCAUCGGCCUGGUGGAGGGGCCCGGGGGCCUGGGCCAGGGCGGCAUGGCGGCCACGCUGCGUGAAGACAGCCAGGAGACAGAGAGCAAGUACGAGGAAUAUGGGUACAACGCACAGCUCAGCGACCGCAUCUCCCUGGACAGGACCAUCCCGGAUUACAGGCCCAAAAAGUGCAGACAGAUGACCCAUGCCGCCGACCUGCCCCAGAUCUCCGUGGUCUUCAUCUUUGUCAACGAGGCCCUGUCCGUCAUCCUGCGCUCCGUGCACAGCGUGGUCAACCGCACGCCCUCGCGGCUCCUCAAGGAGGUCAUCCUGGUGGACGACAACAGUGACAGCGUGGAGCUCAAGGCCAGCCUGGACCAGUAUGUGAACCGGCGGUACCCGGGCCUGGUGAAGAUCGUCCGCAACCACCGGCGGGAAGGCCUGAUCCGGGCGCGGCUGCAGGGCUGGAAGGUGGCCACGGCCCCCGUGGUCGGCUUCUUCGAUGCCCACGUGGAGUUCGGCAUGGGCUGGGCUGAGCCUGCGCUGUCGCGGAUCCAGGAGGACCGCCGGCGCAUCGUCCUGCCGGCCAUCGACAACAUCAAGUACGACACGUUCGAGGUGCAGCAGUACGCGAGCGCGGCCCACGGCUACAACUGGGGCCUGUGGUGCAUGUACAUCAUUCCGCCGCAGGACUGGCUGGACCGUGGGGACGAGGCCGCGCCCAUCAGGACCCCCGCCAUGAUCGGCUGCUCGUUCGUGGUGGACCGGGAGUACUUUGGGGACAUUGGGCUGCUGGACCCGGGCAUGGAGGUGUAUGGCGGCGAGAACAUCGAGCUGGGCAUGAGGGUGUGGCAGUGCGGGGGCAGCAUGGAGGUGCUGCCCUGCUCCCGCGUGGCCCACAUCGAGCGCACCAAGAAGCCCUACAACAAUGACAUCGACUACUACGCCAAGCGCAACGCCCUGCGGGCAGCCGAGGUGUGGAUGGACAGCUUCAAGUCUCACGUGUACAUGGCCUGGAACAUCCCCAUGACCAAUCCAGGGGUGGACUUCGGGGAUGUGUCCGAGCGGCUGGCCCUGCGCCAGCGGCUGAAAUGCCGCAGCUUCAAGUGGUACCUGGACAACGUGUACCCGGAGAUGAGGACCUACAACGACACCCUCACGUACGGAGAGGUGAGAAACAGCAAAGCCAGCGGCUACUGCCUGGACCAGGGAGCAGAAGACGAUGACCGCGCCAUCCUCUACCCCUGCCACGGGAUGUCCUCCCAGCUGGUGCGGUACAGUGCAGAGGGGCUGCUGCAGCUGGGCCCCCUGGGCUCCACCGCCUUCCUGCCCGACUCCAAGUGCCUGGUGGACGACGGCAGGACCCGCACGCCCGCCCUGAAGAAGUGCGAGGACGUGGCCCGGCCCGCACAGCGGCUGUGGGACUUUACCCAGAGUGGUCCCAUCGUGAGCCGGGACACCGGCAGGUGCCUGGAGGUGGAAAUGUCCAAGGACGCCAACUUCGGGCUGCGGCUGGUGGUGCAGAGGUGUUCGGGGCAGAAGUGGACCAUCAGAAACUGGAUCAAGCGUGGGCGGCAGUGACUGCCAGUCCCACCCCGCACCCCUCCCCUGACGCAGACCCUGAGGACCUGGGGAAGGCGUCGGGCUCACCCGCUGGGCCGGGUGCCAGGACUCAGGCCCAUCCCCGCCUACCGCGCCACUGGAACCCAAAGGGCCCUGGCCGUGCCCAGUGCCAUCCCCGGCUGGGACCUCGCCUCGGCUGCCCGCAGGCCGUGUCCCUGGGACAGCGGGGGCCUCCCUGUGCACUCCGGAGGCAGAGGCAGGGACCGGCCACCCCACCGGGAGCACAGACCCUGAAGCCAACUCCAGCUCCAAAUCACGUGCCUUUUCUACGGUAUUCCUGUCCAGGCCGCCGGGACGGCCAACUCUUCUGCAUGUGCUGAAGCCCCCUGUACAUUCCCCCCUGGCGGAAAUGACCCCCGUGAGCUCAGAGGGCGGCCCGACCUCCCAUCCGCUCCAGGCAGAACUGUGGCCUCUUCCGUCUUCUGGUCAUCUAAGGCAAAACCCAGAAGAGCAGAGCAGCGCCAUCUCUGAGGCUGGGACAGGGGAAGACACGGGAGACAUGGCCGCGGUUGUCCCCACGACGCCCCCGGCAGGGGACGGGGGGACUGUGCUGCUUUGAUCCAGCACAGAGCAGAUCAAAUGGGACAGAGCUCGUCUGGUCCAUAGGAGUCCCAGCUGCUGGGUCGUCCGGGGUCGGGGCCCCUGUUCCAGUGUCUCGCCCGGGGCCAGGAGCCUUCCCUUGUUGCUCUGAGGCAGGGGUCAGCCAAUGGUGACCCACGGCCCUGCACCUGUUUUUAUAAAUAAAGUUUUAUUGGCACACUGCCACACCCAUCUGUUUAUAUAUUGUCCGGCGCAGGCUUCUUGCUCCAGGGCGGGAGCUGAGGCAGCACGUGCCCGGGGCUGUCCCAGGGGCUCCCAGAGGCCGUCUCUGGGCAGGAUGGUACUUAACGAUUCCAGUGAGCAUUGCAGGGCCCUGGGAGGGACGCUGUUCCUGUCACCCAUCAGACAGUGCCCGGCUACAGCCAACACCAGGUGCACCCUGACACUAGCUGCUCCCUGAUACGACCAGCACCCCCAUACUAGCUGCACCCCGAUGCCAGCAGCACCCAGCUGCUCCCUCAUUCUGGGUGGAAGGCCUGGGCUGGCCAGUGACAGGGCCCCGGGGCUGGCUUGUCUCACCCAGACAGAUGCGGAGCUUCCGCAAACCAAACCAUCCAGUCCUCCCAGUGGGGGCCCCCCGAUGCCCUUCAGGGGUCUCCCAGGGACAGAGAUUGUGGCCCCAUCUGUGACUUCCCAUUCUUGUCGAGCCAUCUGAAGCCGGCUGGAAGGGUUUCUGGACAACAGGGCUUCACGCUGGGGUCACAUGGGACUUACCUGUUCUCAUCGUGCUGGGGCCAGGCAGCUCACCUUCCCAGGAGGGCAGGGCGCCCGGCUGCUCCUCCCGGGAAAGCAUCACAGCCGUCAUCCCCGCCGUGUCUCUUCUGGAAGAGGAGGGCCAUUCUGGGAAUGCGGGGGUCUCAGCCCUGAGACAGCAGCUGUUCUCCCUCGCUCAGGGUCAGAGUCUCCGGGGAAGAUGGGGGCUCUGACCUACCCUCGGGGUCAGAGUAGGAUGUGGGUCGUGCAUUCACUGUUCUAUGUUCUCGCAGAGGCACAGUGAGUCUGCACCUCACGGUCCCCCAUCCCAGGCCCCCGGCUCGUGCCCCUCCCCCGGCGCCCUGCCCCCUGGACACCCACACCCCACAGCCCCCUUCUCCCCUGCUCCUUCCUGGGGUCCGGUGCCCUGCUUCCUGCUGCCAUGGAAGCCCUGACCGGUCCCAGCUUCUCCCCAGGGAAUUCUACAAGCACCGACCCAAGUCCCCCAAAAGCCC